CUAUAACAACCCAACCAACCAACGCUAAUCAUGCCGGAAUCGUGCACAAGGUGAAGGACGUCGUCCAUGACUGCAAGGAUACGAUCAAGGAGAAAAUCGACGACGUCUUCGGCCACGACCACCCCGAGAAGCUGCACAACCUGAGCCCCUGGGAGGCCGCCCACGAGAGGGCCAAGGAAUCGGUGCGUGCCCCGUCGUACUUCCCGGCCAACGACGAACCCACGAUGAGCCAGAAUGUGACCCGAAUGGACAAGUAU